AUGGAGAACCUAUUUAUGAAAUUUUCUGACACUUGGCUCAAUAUUUGUAAAGAAGCAGCUUUGAAUCAAGAACUGAUAGCAAGGCUGAGAAAAGCAAGACUCAAUGUCCUGAUUGCAGAUGCCAUUGGCCCUCGUGGGGAGCUUCUGGCUGAACUCUUGGAGAUUCCUUUGGUGUACACUCUCUGCUUCUAUCCUGGCUACACAAUGGAGAAGUAUAGUGGAGGCCUUCUGGUCCCUCCUUCUUACGUGCCUGUCAUUCUGUCAGGAUUGGGUGGUCAGAUGACCUUCAUAGAGAGAGAAAUGGAAGAUUUUCUGCAAAGCUCUGGGGACAAUGGUGUAGUGAUGUUUUCUUUAGCGUCAAUGAUUAAUAACCUAACAGACAAGACCGCCAAUGCAAUUGCAUCAGCACUGGCACAAAUUCCACAAAAGGUGAGGUGUAGUACCUCAGUAGUGUAUACCUUAUCACUAAGAAGUUUAAUGAACAAUUUUAUUGAAAUUCACCUAAUCGUAGGUCAUCCUAAAACAAAAGCCUUCAUCACUCACGGUGGAGCUAAUGGCAUCUACGAGGCCAUCCAUCACGGGGUUCCCAUGGUGGGCAUUCCUUUGUUUGGGGAACAACAUGAUAACAUUGCUCACAUGGUGGCCAAAGGAGCAGCUGUGCAACUGGAUAUAAGAACACUGUCAAGUAAAGACUUGCUCAGAGCACUGGAAACCGUCAUUAGCAACCCUCUCUAUAAAAAGAACGCUAUGUGGCUAUCAACCAUUCACCAUGAUCAGCUUAUGAAGCCUCUGGACCGAGCUGUGUUCUGGAUCGAAUUUGUCAUGCGCCACAAAGGAGCCAAGCACCUGAGGCCACUUGCCCAUAACCUCACCUGGUACCAGUACCACUCUCUGGAUAUCAUUGGCUUCCUCCUGGCCGGUGUUGCCACUGUUAUGUUCCUUGUCAUAAAAUGUUGCUUGCUUGCUUACCAAAUGUUCGUGAAGAUGGGAAUGAAGAAAAAGAGGGAGUAG